AUGUCCGUUAAUACUGCAUUGGUGAAUAUAGGUAGAGUGCUUUCAGAGUCUGCGGUAUCUCUAUUGCCUUGUUUCCAUAUUGGGAUUAACAACUUUCCAUCGAUACUGCCACAAGCGUUAAUAGACCACGUUCAGAAUGAGCAGAACAACCUUCCUGGGGACGACUUCUUCUUCGGUAAUGGUAUGAUACUUGCCGCCCCAAAGAAAAAGGUGUCACAUGCUAAGAAAAGACAAAGGCUUUACGCGCCGGGAAAGAAGCAGCUGAAAAUGAUACACCAUCUAGGGAAGUGCCCUUCCUGUGGGCAUUACAAAAGGAUGCAUACCCUGUGCAUGCAUUGUUUUAACGAGAUCCGUCAUAUUUGGAAGAUGCAUACAAAGGAGGAUGUCAAAGAGCCCCAACAAGAACAGGAGCUUUCGGAAUUGGACAAGCGUAUUUUAUACCCUGGUAAGAAAGAGACAGAAUAUAUUCAGAACUUAAAAGACAAAGACUCAUACUUGGAACGUCGUAUGAGGACUCUGCCGGUCGAAAGAAAGGAGAAAAAAUGA